AACUUUUAUCUCGUCGUGUCCUGGGACCGCGUGUUCACUCAUUCACCGCGGCCAUCAACCACUGUCAUUCAUUUUAUUUUCAGCCUCGAACAGCCCUACUUUCGUUCUCCCAAUUCGGUCUCUACCGCGAUAGCCUCUUAACGCAUUGACUGCUGUCCUCACCAAUUAUUUUAGUACCACUACCUAUUUUCCUUCACAGUUCAGUCGAGAAACUCACCUCGCCGGAUCUGGCAUCACCGACUUUUUCUUCUCACCCUGAGACUGCCCAUCAACAAAACUGCUAGGAGUGGUUUCACUAUACAGCUGCCAGGAUCAGCUGUCAUCCUCUCGAAUUAUUCCCACCAAACUCUAGCCCAAUUUUCUUUUUCCGACUAUCCUCCAUCGCAGCUCUGGAGCGCCUCCUUCGUUUAUUCAAUACACGGGAAUUGUACAAUCAAACUCGCGAUCUUUCGUAUUGGUUUUUGACAGACGUCUGUCCAAUUGACCUACAGAUCGCCCAUUAUUCUCUGAUCCACAAUCAACGUACCUGGUUUACUUGACCGUUCAAAGAAUUCCCAAGAAGGAACUGGAAUACCCAACUUUCUACAAAAUUUCGAUCUUUUUUAUCUACAAUGUCUUCGACAGACAACCAACCCGCUGCUGCGGGCUCAACCACCGCCACUCCAACCAACUCAAUCCCGUCACCAUCUACUGCAAGCCCUCCGGCUUCCGCCCCGUCAGGCUCUGCCUCCCGCAGACCCCCGCGUAAGAGCACACUGACACAGCAGCAGAAAAAUCAGAAGCGACAACGCGCAACUCAGGAACAACUGGUUACCCUGGAACUGGAGUUUAACAAAAACCCAACCCCGACUGCGGCCGUCCGCGAACGAAUUGCACAGGAGAUCAACAUGACCGAAAGAUCAGUACAAAUUUGGUUUCAAAACCGACGAGCCAAAAUCAAAAUGAUUGCUAAGAAGAGCAUUGAGACCGGCGAAGAUUGCGAUUCCAUUCCUGAUUCAAUGCGCCAAUAUUUGGCAAUGCAUUUCGACCCCCACAAACCCGGUGCUCGGGAACUGUUCGGACGUGCCAAUGGACUUGGCGGUUUGAGUAAUGGCUACGGUGCGGAAACGGCUCCUGGAAAGAUAGUCAUUCAGCAUUUCACCUGCCGUACCCUCAGCAUUGGCAGUUGGCGACGUAUCGGACAAAAUGCUAUGGACUUGGUCAUCUUCUACUCCCCGGACAAGGCUACCAUGACUUACUACAUUAACAAUGAUUCGGCCGGGUACAAGAUUGAAUACCCGUUUUCGUAUAUCAAAAACGUGAUGCUGGAUAACGGCGACCCGACGCCGAAUGCAAAUGGUAUGCCUACACGACCCGGUGGCUUAGUUAUUGAAUUGAACCGGCCCCCUAUCUUCUGGAUGGAUUGUUCAAACUCGGGCGGUUUCUUCCAAUGCGGCGAUUUCACAGAAGACCAGCAAGCCAGUCGGGUCAUGACUCAUCAUCUGGGUGGCCACCCCAAAGUGUUGAGUGUUCAACUAGCCAAGCUCGUGUCUUUGGAGACUUUCCAGAACCGCUUGGACUUCAACUUUUCUGUUUCUGCGCCGAUCACUCCUCCUCAGGAUAUUCAUCGUCCCGCAUCUCAGCCUAACCGCUUCACCUUGGCUCAAAUGGGUAUGUAUCCCGAGUCACAUCUCAGUGUAAAUCACAUGCCUCGUGGUCACAAGCGUCAACGUAGUCGAUCAGUGCCGGCGGCAAUUGACUUGUCAUACUUGCACACGCCAAUUGCUCCUUUCCAUAUUCAGCAGCCUCCUGUAUCGCAUAUGACACCAAAUCCGAAUAUGUAUGCGCCUAUUCCUCAGAAUCCAAACGUCGUACAAGCACUAGGCAAUGAACUCCGAAUCGACACUGCUGCCACGUUUGGAGUUGAUCCUAGAUCUUAUCCAAUGUCCGCCACGACCAUGUCCGACUUUACUGGUGCUAGCCCGCAGUUUUACAGUGCUGCUCCCUCGACGGAAUCAUUAGCCAUAGCCAGUAACCCCGGAGACCAAUUUAACAUGUCGUAUGUAUCACCUUCGCCAAUGUUGAAUCAGUCAAAGAUUAUGGGCCAACCACCAACAUCCAUGGCAAAUUUCAAUCAUGCCGAUCCUCUGAUUGCCAACCAUUCGCCUCCCCUAUCGAAUUUGCCAAACACGUUAUCCAACGACAUGUACAAUUUUGGCGCCGAUCAGCAGCAAGGAUUAAGUGAAGAUGGGUUUGUUCUGAGUGAGAUGUAUGCGAAGCAUCACAUCAAUCAAUUUCCAGAUAACUCAGGCUUUGACUUUUCCAUGAACGGGAUAUCGGACACUCAGUCUCCCAUGGCAGGCGAUAUGCAUGGAUUUGAAAUGAUCCAGACCACGUCGGGUUGA